CGUCUCCAUCGCAUCGACACUAGACGUCCCGGGGCUCAUAGACGACACAAGAGUCACGAUGUCCAACACACUCCGCCCCUACCUCAACGCCGUGCGCUCGACGCUCACGGCCGCUCUCACGCUCGAGAACUUUAGCUCGCAGGUGGUCGAGAGGCAUAACAAGCCGGAGAUUGAGGCUGGCACAACACCCGAGGUCCUCCUCAACCCCGUCGUGGUCAGCCGUAACGAGCACGAGCGCGUGCUCAUCGAGCCCUCUAUCAACUCGAUCCGCGUCAGCAUCAGCAUCAAGCAGGCCGACGAGACGGAGAAGAUCCUGUGCCACAAGUUUACGCGGUUCAUGACCAUGCGCGCUGAGAACUUUAUCAUCCUGCGCCGGAAGCCUAUUGCCGGCUACGACAUCUCGUUCCUCAUCACCAACUUCCACUCGGAGACAAUGCUCAAGCACAAGCUCGUCGACUUUAUCAUCCAGUUCAUGGAGGACGUUGACAAGGAGAUCUCGGAGAUGAAGCUCAGCCUCAAUGCGCGUGCGCGUAUUGUGGCCGAGAGCUACCUUUCGACUUUCACGUAAGGUUACAGUAGAUGUCUGACGGAGGUUCACGUUGCAGGAGGCGUCACUGGUGAAGAGUCAAGGGCGAGAUGAGGCUCCUGCAAGCGGGCUCCAAGAGAAGAUUGUAUUGUAUCAGGGAUGUCACGAUACCCCGCAAGGCGGCGCGGCGCGCAAGCUGGGCCUUCGCUGCGAGCGAUGGAGUCUAUGGAG